AUGCAGCUUCAAAUGGAAAAAGACGAUUUUGCCCGAGAAACUCUUCGCCGCUCAGUCAGCCUUAGCAACCUUGAGGGUGCUUACAAAAACGCGCUCAAGCUGCAAGAAAAUUUAGAAAAAGAAAAUUCGGAGUUGCAGAUUGAAAGGACCGAGCAGCAAAAAGCAAUGACGAAGUUGAAGAAAGAAAAUGCCAAUCAGCAAAAAACAAUUACGAAGUUGGAGGAAGAAAAGGCCGUGCUGCAGCAAAAACUAGCUGCGUAUGCUUCCUUCGAUGCCUUUAUGAAGAUGCAACAAGAAAAUGCUGUGAAUAAUGCUGUGGCAGAAGCCUUGAUGAAACAACGAGCUGCUACGGAGCGAGAAAAGGAGGUCGCGAGAGAAGCAGGAAGAGAUGAAGCGUUUCGAGGCAUGGCGAAUGCCUGCAUGGAAGAAGGCCCCGAACAAAAAUCGCGACGAAAGAAAGCUCGACGAGGCACUGAGCGACGCUAA